UAUUUCGGCUUCUUCAUCCAGACCGCGAGAUGACGAGACAUGGCAAUAAAAAACAAGCCCGUGGAGCAAUUUGACACAGUUUUCAGUCUAAAUGACUCUUUAGAGCUGUCUUCGCACUAUGAUUAUGAGCGCGCACAAACUCGGAUUUUUAAAAUAAUCGUAAUAGGAGAUUCAAAUGUGGGAAAGACGUGUUUAACUUACAGAUUCUGUGGGGGCACAUUUCUGAAAAAUCCAGAAGCUACGAUCGGGGUGGAUUUUAGGGAGAAGACGCUGGAGCUGGACGGGGAGAGGAUCAAGCUGCAGAUCUGGGACACGGCAGGUCAGGAGCGUUUCAGGAAGAGCAUGGUGGAACACUACUACCGCAGCGUCCAUGCUGUCAUCUUCGUGUAUGACGUCACAAGCCUUUCUUCGUUCGAGAGCAUCCCCGAGUGGGUUAAGGAGUGCAGCCGACACUGCGUUGGGCCCCUGGUGCCUCGUAUUAUUGUAGGAAACAAGCGCGACCUGAGAGACCGCCAGGAGGUCCCCACAUCCGCUGCCCAGUUUCUUGCAGAUAGCUACAACUUCCCACUGUUUGAGACUUCAGCCAAGGACCCUGCUGAGAAGGAGCAUGUUGAUGCAAUCUUUCUGACUUUAGCCUAUAGGUUGAAGAACCAUAAACCUCUGAGACUGAAGCAGCCGAGUGAGAACAGUGUAAUGCAUCUGUGGAACCAGAGUGAGCAGGAGGCAGCAACUUGCCAGUGCUAAGGCACUUCAUAGCACUUCAUCCUGUGUGUGUGUGUGUGUGUGUGUGUGUGUGUGUGUGUGUGUGUGUGUGUGUGUGUGUGUGUGUGUGUGUGUGUGUGUGUGUGUGGAGGUCAUCACUGCUGUCUGGCAUAGUAAUGCUGCAGAGGGAAGCUUUGUUGAACGGAGCUUUUUUAACAAUGAGACUGAAUCUACAAAGGACACAUGUUACAUUUUUCUUGCACAAUGAUAAAUCAAAACUUUAGCAAAAUGCACGAGUGGACAUUGAAGUAUGCAAAAAUCUUGGAGCUGAGUAUCUGUAAAGGGACCAAUAAUGUAAACUGAAACUGUGAAACUGUGCAUGUGUUUAAAUAUGAACAUGAAUGUAACCAGCUUUGUCUUGGCAUGCUUGCAGUCAAGGUGAAUUUGGAGAAAGCUCACUCAUACUAAGAACAUGUAGCCGUCUUUUGAGACAAUGCAAAUCAAUAUAGUCCUUUAAAAAGCUUGACAGGGACGCGCAGUCCUUGAAGUUGAGACUGUGCACGUGUGCAAUAAAGCAGACAUAUGUGUCACUAUGCAAA